UAAAGCCCUAACACUGUAGAUUGAAGUCUCUCUCUCUUGCUCACUCACUCCUGCUCUUGCUGUUUCAUUCAUUCCUACGCAUAGGCUUACACACCUCCUCUCUCCUCUCCUUCUUGCUUCUUUUGCUUUCAGAAUGAUAAUUCUAGGUACAGCCUUUGGUAUGGUUUUCUAUUUACUUCAAGCCGUUUCUGGAGAAAGUGGCUAUGCACAGAAUGCUGCAGGUUUUUCCUCCCCAGAAGGCUUUGAAGAUGCGGAAUUGGACUACUCAUUCUCGUGCUACAGUCAGUUGGAGGUGGACGGCCACUCCGAGCACUUGCUGAUCUGUGCUUUUGAUGACCCGGACAUCAACAGCACCAAUCUGGAAUUUGAAAUAUGUGAUUCCCUUUUGGACAUAGACUGCCUGAAUUUUAGUAAACUGCAAGAGGUAUACUUCAUCAAGACAAAGAUAUUCGAACUGAUUGGAGACAGCAAUAUAUGUGUGAAGUUUAAAGGAAAGAACAUAAAUUGCAGAAAAGUUAACAUAGUCAAGAUAGUUAAACCUGAGGCUCCUUUUGACAUAAGAGUUGUCUACCGCGAGGGAGCAAAUGACUUUGUGGUGACAUUUAAUACAUCACACUUGAAAAAGAAGUAUGUGAAAGAAUUGAUGCACGAGGUAGCCUACCGCCAGGAAAAAAAUGAAAGUGACUGGAUGCAUGUGAAUUUGUCCAGUACAAAGCUGACACUCCUACAGAGGAAGCUACAACCUGAUGCCAUGUAUGAGAUUAAAGUGCGCUCCAUUCCUAACCCCAUCUAUUUUGAAGGCUUCUGGAGUGAAUGGAGUCCGAGUUUUCACUUCAGAACUCCACUUCAGGCCAGAGGCCCCGCUGGGGUGAUGGAUCCUGUUUUACUAAUUAUCAGCAUUAUGAGUUUCUUCUCUGUGGUUCUGAUGGUCACCUUGGCCUUUGUGUUAUGGGAAAAAAGAAUUAAACCUAUUGUGUGGCCCAGUCUCCCUGAUCAUAAGAAGACUCUGGAACAACUGUGCAAGAAACCACAAAGGAAUUUGAAUGUAAGUUUUAAUCCUGAAAGUUUCUUGGACUGCCAGAUUCAUAGGGUAGAUGGCAUUCAAGCUAAAGAUGAAGCAGAAGGCUUUCUUCAUGUCACUUUUCCACCACAACUAGAGGAGUCUGAAAAGCAGAGGCUUGGAAGAAGUGUGCAGGACCCUAGCUGGCCAUCUGAACAUGCAGUCAUCACCCCAAAAACUUUUAGACAAGAUCCAAUCCCCCAGUGCCAGGCUGGGGAUAUCAGUGUGUGUGAUGACCCUAUGCUCCCCUCCUCCAAGUCCCCAGGCUUCAGGGAAGGUGGCAAAAAUGAGCCUCAUGUGUACCAGGGGGUGCUGCUUGGCCCUGGAACUACAAAUAGAACCCUGCCCCCUCCAUUUCCUUUCCAAUCAGGAGUCCUGACAUGGACUCCAGCUGCCCAGGGACAGCCCAUCCUCACUCCCUCCGGAUCAAGUCAGGAAGAAGCAUACGUCACCAUGUCCAGCUUCUACCAAAACCAGUGAAUUGUGACAAACCCAGGACUGGAACCAUUGUAACCACCAAAGAUGCCUGAGCUUCUCUUUCAGCACAAAGAAAACAAAAUUGAUGUAACCCCUCUAUAUAAUCUACAGGAUUCCAAAACAUGGCUUUGACCGCUGUGCCCUCUCCUCCCUGCUUCAGGGCAUCUGGCAUGGAGCAGCAGCCCUCUGCUUCAGGCAGCUCAAGUGAUUCAAUGAUUUCAGAAAGAAAAAAAACAGAAAAGAAUGAAAGAAAGGGUGGAGAAAAGGAUGGAGGGCCGAAAGAAGGCGGGGAGCAGGAAGGACAGCCCCACUGUCAGGAUCACCGCACCUCGGUGCCGCGCUGCUGCUCUACAGCUCUGGCCUCCCCGCCUCCUCGCAGCAAUCUGGGGAGGGGUGCACUUAUUAUCAUGAUCCCUUCGUCACAGGAUGAUGCUGAGGCUUAACAGGGUUGAAUACCAUGUCCGCGUUUCCCAGUCAGCUAGGGGUGGAACCAAGACCUGACCGCCGGGAGUGUCUGCCAGGCCCUCGUCUUCCUCCUGACUAGGGACUGUCCCAUUCUCGAGUGCCAACCUCGCUAAUACCAGGGUGACUAUAUAAUGUAUUGUCCAAGUUGGGUCACUUUUGAAAGUGAAAGGGGAAGUUAUAAAUACUCAUGCCAGGACAACCAGCAAAUGGGCACAUGUGGUCAGCCAAACCAAACGCUGUGAGAAAGAAUGUGGGAGAGAAUGGUCUCACGAUGUGGGAAGCACCAUGGCCAGCCAUGUCUACUAAGGAUUAAGAAGGCAAGAAAAAGCCACACAGCCCAUUCCAUUUUGUUUUUCUGAAAAAGUGUUCAAGGGAGAAUAAACUAGAAGCCCAGAAUUUCUAUUGUUAGUUGUCAACAGCAUGAUCCUCUUGCUGCCGCCACCCAGCUGCCUCCAUCAGUGAACUGUUGCCCACUCUGGACACGGUGCAUUUGAGCAAUAAGCCAGGGGAAAACCCUCCUAUGUGGGUAAAGAUUGCCAGCUCAGAUUCAUCUUCAUCUGUCCGGAGUUCUACAGCCAUGAAUGUUCCCAGGAAUUCAGGGAGGAGCUACUGCCUGGGCCUGCAGUGAGCCAGCCGUCUGCAUGUCCUUGGAGAUACAGAGGAGACAUGGUAUUAACAUUUGACACGGGUCCUCUUGCAUCUCCUGGUCUGAUGAAUUCCCAAUGACUAUCUCAGUGACUGAGCAGUCUCAGCUCUGGGGGAUGCAGCUGCCCCCCAGCCCUGGGUGUCUGCAGAACCACACAGGCAGCUGGAGUGGUACAGGAGGUAAGGAAGGACACAGAUUUAGGAUUUUAUCUGGGGUCUGUCAUUGUUGCAUUUAUUUCUCUGUGCCAUCUUUUGUUUAGGGCCAGGAGCUAAGUGUUUUUAAUUUUUUCAUUUUUUUCAUCGGUUUUGUUUUGUGAUGUCUGUGAAGGGAGUUUUAAAUUUUGGACUAACAGCCAGCCUUUUCUGUUAGCUCAGAGGCCUAAUGAUAAUCAGACCAUCUUAUUUUUCAAGUGAGUGUUGUACAUUCCAAGUCCUUUCUCUGAAUCAGCAGUAAUGAAUAUAAUCCCAUAAUCCCUUAGAUUUUCUUAGGGCCUUGGUGGUUUUCAAAGGACUCCCAUAAGCAUUAGGCCUUUCAUAUCUUGGACAAGUAUUUAUGGGAAGUCUGCUAUGUGUCAAAUAGCAGAGGCUCAAAUAACUAAAGACAAAUAAAUUUGGGACUCUGCCUUCACUAAGUGAAAAAUCUAACGCUAAGUGUCAGCUUUGUAAACAAAUGAUUGUAACAUCACCAAAUGCUAUAUGGGGGACAUGUUCAAAGUGCCCUGUUGCAGACAGUCAGGGACAAUGCCACAAAAGUGAUAAUUCAUCUGCAUGGAGGGAAAGCAUAAUCUUCCUGAGGUGUAACAGAAGACAUUUUGUCCAGGUUGGUGUGUGUUCUUCACCCUUAGUAGAAAUAGGAGCCGAGUCGCAAAGAGGAGGUGACCCCAGGAAACCUUAAUCCCCGCCAACCUGCCUUGUGCCUGAUUCACAGGUGUCCAGUGGGGUAUGCAUUGUUAUUAUCUUUAACUUAAGGGCAAAUGGGGACACAGAGAAGACACACUCAUUCUUACAUGUUAAGUCAGGACUAGAGGCUGUAAAUUUGUAUCCCUGAAAUAAGUAGACAAUCUCUCCAAGAAAGGAGUAGAUAAAUCUAGAGGAAGAUCAAGGUCCCUCAAGCUCUAAAAUUGUUCAUUUCAGGGUUGUUUAGCUUAGCUUAUCAUUUGAAUUUAGUGUGUGACUGUCUAUUUGUUACUAGAAGCAUUUAAAAUCCAUGUAACAUACUUUUACAAUCAUAAGAGUGCUUGAUUAUAUAUUCAGGGAGAAUGUAUCAAGUAAGAUUACAAAUUUUUUCUGAUCAGCUCCCUCUUGGAUUUCAUUAAGAAAAAAAAAACUGGUCAAAGACAGUGUACAAAUCAGAGAUAUAAACUGCUAGCUCUGGAGAGCACGAAAUGAAAAGAAGACUGAUAAACAGGUAGCUGAUUUGGCCAAUUAAACAACCAUCUCUAGGUCUAGGGAACCCUGGUUUAUUUGAUUGAUUUUCUCCCAGACUUCGCCUCUCUCAUACUGGUAUUCCACGGAAAUUCACUUCAGAAAAGCCGAGUACAUACUUGUGUUUUCAGGACGUGUCUGGAGGGGCUGUAAGACGGAAAAUGGUGAGAAUGUGGUAGAUGCAGAUCAGAUGGCAUUUCUGCCAGCUCAGUGAUUUUUCUCGGGGGUUAUUCUGAAAAAUAUCCAAUGUUCACUACAGCGAAGGUCUCUGACCUGACAGCGUACUUUCCAUGUGCAUUAAACUUUUUGCAGAGCUGCUAAGUAUGUAAGUAUCUGAUGUGUGUUACCAUCUCAUAUUUAAUUAACUGCUAUGGAACUCUGUGCCUGUGGCUUGUCUUCCCCGAGAAAUAUGGAUAGAGGGAUAUGCAGAAUGGGCCACAGUUCUCCACAGCCACUGGAAACAUUCUGGUGUCAAUUGUCAUUUUAUGGGUUUACAUUUUAAGAGGAAGCUAUUUCAUCACUUUAGGAAUUACUUUGCAAAUUCAUGAAUAAACAAUGAUUUGAAAAGGAUCUGCUUGGGAUUACCUUGCACAGAGUUGGGCACUGGGGUUGCAGAAAUGAGAUGGGAUGUUCCCAGCUCACAAUUACAUGGGGACAAAGUCUCAUAGAAAGAGUUACAAUGUUACAUCAUUGCUUUAAGGUGAAGUAAUCAUUAGGAUUCUUAACUUCAUUCAAUAGAGACUAAUUUUGGCUCAUUUGAGCACAAAAGGGACUUAUUAAAGGCCACUAGAGGUCUCACAGAAAAUCUGGGACAGCAAAAGAACCAAACAUGGAGGCCACCCAUAUGACUAUAAUUGACACCUCCAGAAACUGCAACUGGCCUCCCGCUGCCACCACCAGCCCCAAAGCAGACUCAGCAGCAGAACAGACGUGGGGGCUUCACAAAACUGGCUAGUAGUUUAAAGGCAGAGCCCUAGCCUGUGGUGGAUUGCAACUACGCCUAGCUCCUGUUCCUGGGCCCUAGCAAUGGGAAGAAGAGAAGAGAAGAGUUGGCCUUUCAUCUGCAGUAGGAUACAGACUCUGAUUCACAGUGUGGGCAUUCCUCAAAUGUAAGAAGCAGGUUCUGCUGCUGGGUGAGAAAAAAGCAAAAACAAAAACACAAGGAUGCAUCACGGAAGACGCACCCAGAAGGGGUAACAUGAAGGCAGUCACAUUUGCUACAGGAGCACAGAGUAAACAGAAUAUGCCAGACAAAGGAGCCUGGAGUCUAAGGGCAUUUCCUGGCAGAGGGAGCAGCAUGUCCACAGUCAGGGACCUGAGGCAGGGUAUGAGACACUGGAGGAGUUACAAAUACAUUAGGUGAUGUCUCCUUACCUGUCUCAGUUGGGAACAGUAGGGUGUUGGUAGUUAGUCCCACAAGUCAGACACAGAGUGCUUCAUAAAAAAUAACGUGUAUAUGUCUGGCACAUUUUAUUGUAAU